AUGGCGAAGAAAGAGGAGCUCACCGGGCGAUUCUCCAGCUGGGCGUCGCACGCCGUCGCACAGUCGCAGCUGGGCAUCGCACUCCUGCUUCUGCCGCUGCUCGCGUGCGUCGUCCUAUGGGGCUCCUUCCGCGCGCGUGCGCCGAUCGCAGGGGGCUGGGGGGAAGACGCUCAAACGGGUUCCCAAGCGGACCAAUGGAGCGUGAGCGUCUUUGCAAGGGGAGCGGGAAACGAGAGCGAAUCUCUGGAAGCGGCGGGGAUUGCGGGCGUGAACAGGCGAUGGGGGCCUGUUGGCAGCGAGAUGGGCGCGGGAGAAGCGCGGAAAGUUGCUGUCGAGGCGACUCGAGAGACAUCGCGAGAGGGGGAGGCGCGAGAGUCGACGGCAAGUUUGAAGGCCAUUGACGGACAGGCGGAGGGCGUUGACGGAGGGGAAGAGGCGGAGGGCGAGGGGAUAGUUGGGAGUGUAGAGGGAGGAGGGGUGAAGGAGAGAGGCGAGGGACAAGGAAAGGGGAGAGAGUCUGCUGGGGACGCCGCGAGAGGCGGGGAAGACAGUGGUUCGGGUGGUGGGGGAGAGGGAAUAGGGGCGAGGGGUGGAGAAGGGGGAGGGAAGGAGGAAAGGAGCAGCAUAGGUGGGGUGAAAGGCGGGGAAUUGGAGGGAGGUUCGGCCGAAGGCUCGGAGGGAGGUUCGGAGGAAGGAGGGCAAGAAGGAGAGGAUUUGUUGGUUGGGUGUGAAGAGAUGAUGAAUGAAGGUUUGAGUGAUAGUAGCGGGGGCGAGGAGGGGGGAGAGGAAGGGGGAGAUAAGGGGGGAGAUAAGGAGAAGGAUGAGAGGGGAGAGGAGGGGGGAGAGGGGGGACGAGAGGACGGGGGAGGGAAGGAGAUGGAUGGGAGGGGAGAGGGGGAGGGAGAAAAAGGGGGAGAGGAGGAGGGAGGGCAAGAAGGAGAGGACUUGUUGGUUGGGUGUGAAGAGAUGAUGAAUGAAGGCCUGAGUGAUAGUAGCGGGGGCGAGGAGGGGGGAGAGGGAGGAGAGAAGGAGAGUGGGGAGGGUGGGGGGGAGGAGAGACCAGGUGACGGGAACAUAAGAGAGGCAGGCGGUCGAAAGGGGAGUGCAGGAGGAGCGGACGCGGGAGGAGUGCGGGUGGGCAGCAAUGCAAGGGACAAGAGAAGCGGAGGUAGGGAUGAGAGCAACAGUGGUGGGGGCAGCAGUGGUGGCAGCAGUGGUGACAGUAGUGGUGGCGCCAAGGGUGUCGUUUACGGGAGUGAGAUUGGUGGGGCGCGCAAUGGGGACGGUGGUGGGGACGCCAAGGGUGAUUCUAACGGGGGGAAUGGGAGGGCUGUUGGAGGGGUGGCCACAGCAGGUGGUGCGAGGAAGAAGGGAGGAGGGCGCAAGGAGAAGAUUCAACUGGAUGAUCCUGGUCCCUCUCACCCGCUACCGGGGCGCAUGGGUCCCCGACCCCAGCCCUCCUCUGUUCACAAGCAACACAUGCUCAACACUUCCCAUUCCCCUCCCCCCUUUCCCAUUGCAGUCCCUCUCACCUGCUAUCGGGUGCCUCUCGCCUGCGACCUCUACCGUGGCUCGUGGGUCCCGGACACCAGCCCGCCACUCUACACCAACGCCACGUGUCCCAACAUUACUCGCCACCAGAACUGCCAGGGCAACGGGCGCCCGGACAGCCAGUACGAGCGCUGGCAGUGGCGGCCGGAGGGGGCGGCGUGUGCGCUGCCGCGCUUCGAUGCAGAGGAGUUCAUGAGGGUUAUGCGCGGUAGAGGAGUGCUCUUUGUGGGGGACAGCGUGGCUCGGAACCAUUUUGAGUCGCUUGUGUGCCUUCUAAGUCAGGUGGAGAAUCCAGAGUUUCAUGGCGGCAAGUCAAUGCUUCGCCUCGUCUUCCGCUCCUCUAAAGUCACACUCGCUAGAGUCAACUCAGCAUGGCUUGUAGAGGAAGGCAACGACACCGUACCUGACUGCCCCGACUCCAUUCCUCGCCUGCACCUCGACCGAACCAGCCCCAAGUGGUUCGGCGAGAUCGGCAGGUUCGAUGUUGUCAUGUUCAGUUCGGCACAUUGGUUCGUGAAGCCUUCAAUUUACAUGGAGAAAGGGGAGGUGAUUGGGUCGCAAGGGGGGUGGUGGAAGCGGGAUGAGCCGGCAAGAGUUGACAACAAGGGCGCGUUCGCGAUUGCGAUUCGCACUGUGUUUCGGGACGUGGUGAAAGAGCUUGGGAAGAAUCCGAACCGAGUGUUCAUCUACCGAACCUUCUCCCCGGACCACUACGAAAAGGGCGAGUGGAACACAGGAGGUUCGUGCGCGGGCCUUACCGAACCUAGAGGCGGCAACUACACCUACAGCAACACAUUCGGGCUUAACCUAUACACGAAGCAGCUGGAAGCUUAUAACGAGGUCAUAGAGGCCGCUAUUGAAGCAGGCGCGAGUGUAGACCCGUUACGAUUCACCCUCAUGGAUGUGAUGCCGAGUGCUGGCAUGAGGGUGGACGGGCAUCCAGGGCCAUACAGAGGGUUGAAUGCAGCGGAAGAGCUGGCCAAGUACAAGGAUUCCAAGUUCCCUCCUCCUCAGGACUGCCUGCACUGGUGCUUGCCCGGGCCGAUAGACUCGUGGAAUGUGUUUCUGCUGCAGAUUGUGAAGCGGGGGUUUGCCUCGAGUCAGGGGCAGGGUGGGUAG